AUUGACAAAACAGGGCCGGGCCGGGUGGCCCUUUGUUGGGAAACGGCGGCCAUGGCAACCGCGCCGCCCCGGCCUCCGGACAGCCAGCCGCCCCCGCCUCCACCUCCGACGACCUAGUCGUCAACCAGCGCCUCCGAGAAGGUUUCACCCAACCCGGACGACUUUUCAUCGCCGUUCAGGAUGUGACCGCCGAGCCAAAAUGUCUCUCAACUUCCACGCCAAUCAGUAUGAAAGAAGCUUCAGGUCGAACUGCCUCGGGAACUGGGAAGUCAGCAAGUGGUACCCGCAUGAGCGUCCGCGUGCGAGGAGAGGUCACACUAAGGUCAUCGCGGACGACAGGGGUCAUCUUCUCCCGGGCGUCCCGAGGAUAGAGCCCUGGGGCCAUUUCAGAUCUACUUGGCAGCUGCCGAAGCGCAUUACCAGAAAACUGGCUAGGGACAUCAACACCCUGCGUCCCCCAGGAAAAAAACACUUGACUUCUUGGGAGAAACGGUCAUCUCAUAUACCGCUCAUCGAGAAGACCUCCACGCCGCCAUUGCCAUCCGCUGGAAAGGAGAAGCGAAUCAGCUCGUCCAAGAAAGAGAUUCCGAUAGUCGAUGAUACGGACUUGAAGUUGAACGAGUACCAGCCGUACCAGAAGGAUGAAAAUGACUAUUCCCCUCAGAUGGGCGCUGACAGGACUACAAAAAUCGUCGACACGGCGCAAAGAGUUAGAGAAGAUAUUGAAAGCUAUAGUCAGAGUGUUAGAGGGACACCUCCCAAAAAAGUGGAGGCACCGAUGACCGACGAAAGCCGUCACAGUUCGGCCAAAUCGAGGAAAAGCUCCAAGUCGUCGAGGGGGGACUCGCCGAAACGCGACUCAACGCCCCGGGCGAGUCACGACUACCUCGGCCCCCAGUACGCGAAGGACCAAGCCCAAGACAACUUGAAGCACCAGCCUCUGCCGGAUAUGAUAAGCGACCAGAUAUUCCAAUCGAUGCAGAUGAAAAGCGAAAAGUACCCAGGGCUAGGGAUCGACAAGUCGCCUAAAGCGACGGCGGUCGGGCACAAGAAAUUCGUCUCCCCUGGGCCGACACAAUGCAGCAAGCUUAAAGUCUACAGGCCGAAGACCGCCUCGAAUAAACUCCCCCCGGCCAAAUUGUCGGACAGGCCCAAGACGGGGAUCUCCAAGUCCCUCGGCGAAAUCGACCUCGCCAUCUGCUGGGACCUCGUCCCAGCAAAUCCUCACGACGAGCCGAAAAGGCCGACGCACAUCGACGGCAGCAACGGUUCCAUAGCGCCUUCUGUGUUCACAAUCGUCAAACCGAAAGAAGACACUUCUCUUUUUCCGACCAGACAGACGUCCCCUACAGACAUCGCGAAAAAGAUGGAGGAGACGGAAAAGGAGAAAGAAACGUUGAGGAAGGCGAGGCCCGCCUGGGAAAGCGAAAACCCGCCGUCUCGCGAAAAACCCGUCAACCCUUCCGCCGUCAUGGACAUCAUAAACAACAACCUGGAAAUCGCCAGGAAAGAAAACAAGAUCAACGAGGAAUUCCGCAGGUCCAUCAGUUCGGGAAGGUGUUCGGACCAGAACGCCAACAGCCACAAGAAUUCUCUGGCCGGCUGUGAAGAGAACCACAACCCGAACGUACCGAGUCAGAAAAACUCAGACAACGGAAGUAAAAAGUCGAACAAGAAUUCCAUCUCCUCUCUCGAUUCGGACAAGCUCGCAAAACAAAAACACUUCAGGAGUUCUCCAAAUCUAACGACUGUAGGCGUUGAAAGCAAUAAAUCCAAACAUAAAAUGCUUUUCUCACGGCCGUGCAUCGCGUGUGAGACGAAAUUGCCACUGGAUUCACACACCAAGUCCAAAAACGAUUACAAAAUGGCGUUUAAAGCAGGUGUCCCGACUUCUGGGACGCAUUCCCAUCGCGUAGACAGCUCGGGCUCCAAAGCCUCGUCAAAGCAGCUUUCAAUACCUAAGCCAAAAAAGCCUUUUGCAGCGAGAAGUUAUUCGAUUAACACACUGGCACCUCCGUUUUCUCUAUGGCCCGGUACCACGGGGAUGGACUACCCUGAACACUGGCGUUUGGCCUCCGUGUACCAACAUUCUUACAAACCAAUCGAGCAGAGAAAAAAACCUCUUUUGCAAGGUAUUUUCCACUGAUCGAUCCAAAGAAUUUUAAAGGGUGUCAUGUAAAUAAAAAAGAAAAA